GCCGGGCCGGGUCCGCUUGGACAGCGGAGCCGCGCGUUGGGCCUCAGCGCGCCGACGGCGGCGCGCGGGACCGCUGGGAAGUUGUGAGAGCGGCGCGCGGGGGCGCGCUUGCGCGCACGAGGGCCCGGGCCGCGAGCAGCUGCGGCCGCCCCGGUCGCCACCCUUAGCAGCGGUCGCGGUUGCUGUCGAAGCGGUGGUCCCUGCCUUAGCCGCUGGCGCCUCCCAAGAGAGCGGCCGGUGGGCCCGCGUCCUGUCAGUGGCGUCGGAGGUCGGCGCUGCGGCGGCCGCGCCCUUCUGGUGCUCGGACACCGCUGAGGAGCCGGGGCUGGGCACGGCUGGCUGACGGCUCCGGACAGCUGAGGCUGCCAGAGGAGAAGGCGGCUGCCGCGGCGUAGGCGCACGUCGGGCGGGCUCCUGGAGCCUGGAGGAGGCCGAGGGGACCAUGUCCGGGAGGCGCUUCCACCUCUCCACCACCGACCGCGUCAUCAAAGCUGUCCCCUUUCCUCCAACCCAACGGCUUACUUUUAAGGAAGUAUUUGAGAAUGGGAAACCUAAAGUUGAUGUUUUAAAAAACCAUUUGGUAAAGGAAGGACGACUGGAAGAGGAAGUAGCCUUAAAGAUAAUCAAUGAUGGGGCUGCCAUCCUGAGGCAAGAGAAGACUAUGAUAGAAGUAGAUGCUCCAAUCACAGUAUGUGGUGAUAUUCACGGACAAUUCUUUGACCUAAUGAAGUUAUUUGAAGUUGGAGGAUCACCUAGUAACACACGCUACCUCUUUCUGGGUGACUAUGUGGACAGAGGCUAUUUCAGUAUAGAGUGUGUGCUGUAUUUAUGGAGUUUAAAGAUUAAUCAUCCCAAAACAUUGUUUCUGCUUCGGGGAAAUCAUGAAUGCAGGCAUCUUACAGACUAUUUCACCUUCAAACAGGAAUGUCGAAUCAAAUAUUCGGAACAGGUAUAUGAUGCCUGUAUGGAGACAUUUGACUGUCUUCCUCUUGCUGCCCUCUUAAACCAGCAGUUUCUCUGUGUACAUGGAGGAAUGUCACCUGAAAUUACUUCUUUAGAUGACAUUAGGAAAUUAGACAGGUUUAUGGAACCUCCCGCCUUUGGACCUGUGUGUGACCUGCUUUGGUCUGAUCCCUCAGAGGAUUAUGGCAAUGAGAAGACCUUGGAGCACUAUACCCACAACACUGUCCGAGGGUGCUCUUAUUUCUACAGUUACCCUGCAGUUUGUGAAUUUUUGCAGAACAAUAAUUUACUAUCAAUUAUCAGAGCCCAUGAAGCCCAAGAUGCUGGAUAUCGAAUGUACAGGAAGAGUCAAGCAACAGGCUUUCCAUCACUUAUUACAAUUUUCUCUGCCCCCAAUUACCUAGAUGUCUAUAACAAUAAAGCUGCUGUGUUGAAAUACGAAAACAAUGUCAUGAAUAUCAGGCAGUUUAACUGUUCUCCACAUCCCUACUGGCUUCCAAACUUUAUGGAUGUUUUCACAUGGUCUUUGCCUUUUGUUGGGGAAAAAGUCACAGAGAUGCUGGUAAAUGUGCUCAACAUAUGCUCUGAUGACGAACUGAUUUCUGAUGAUGAAGCAGAAGGAAGCACUACAGUUCGUAAGGAGAUCAUCAGGAAUAAGAUCAGAGCCAUUGGGAAGAUGGCACGGGUCUUUUCAAUUCUUCGGCAAGAAAGUGAGAGUGUGCUGACUCUCAAGGGCCUGACUCCCACAGGCACGCUCCCUCUGGGCGUCCUCUCAGGAGGCAAGCAGACUAUCGAGACAGCCACAGUAGAAGCGGUAGAGGCCCGGGAAGCCAUCAGAGGGUUCUCGCUUCAGCACAAGAUCCGGAGUUUUGAAGAAGCGCGAGGUCUGGACCGAAUUAAUGAGCGAAUGCCACCCCGAAAGGAUAGCAUACACGCUGAUGGGCCAACGAAAUCCGUAACCUCAGCACACUCACAUGCUGCACACAGGAGCAACCAAGGGAAGAAAGCCCAGUAAUGACUUAGAGUCAUGCCGUGGCUCAGGUGGAUCUAAAACUCAAGAACAAAUUUUAUUUAUUUAUUAUUGGAAAAUGAAAAGCAACUCAAACAACUUCAACCUGGAGGUGCAUUUAUAAUUCAAUCUGCAUUUACUCUGUAAAAAGGUGACAGUUUUAUAAAUUCUUUUAAUUUAUGUUCAAUAUAUAUAAAAAGUGCAUCUGUUUUGUUUUUCCCUUUUUUCUCCGUAAUUUUAAGAAAUGAAUCUGAUUGUUGGCAACACAUUUGUGAAGUCUUGUGCUAUAAAGGGGAACUUCCCCUAAUAAAAGGGCCUUGGAAACCGCAAACCUGGGUUUCUAACUUGAACUAGUCAGUCUUCAUUAUUGUUUUUUGGAAGGUAAUGUCUUUCAUGUAAGACUAAUAACUUUUCAAAUGCAAGAAGAUUUUUUUCCUUUUCAUUUUUUUCCUUUCUGCUGGGUGUCAUUGAAGAAAGUCCUCUUAGAUUUCAGUGGCUAAAAGUGCUUCUCUUCUGAUGGGAAACUGGAUCAUGGUAGAACUUCAAAGUGAAUAACCCAAAUCCAGUGAUUUUAAGGGCGAAGGGAAAUGUUUUCCAUAAUAACCUACUUUCUCUGGACUCUCAGUUCCUUUAAAUAUGUUCUAGUAAAUAAAAUAAAAAAUAAUAAGGGAUGUUCUUAGAGUUACUUAAAAUCUGUUCAUCUGACCAUGGGCAUGAUUGGUUUAAAUUUCCUUAGGACUUUGGAGGAGAAAGAUUUUCAGAAAGCUUUCACAAUUGCCAGAUUAUUUUACUUUCAUUUUUGAACCCCAGGUGACUUCUGUAAAGGAAGUCACUUUCUAAAUAUUUGAUAAAUGCCCUCAGCAGCACCUUCUACAGCAAGAUGUAUAUAUGCCCUUCUAGGCUGUUGGCAUCAGCUCUCGCAUCUGCCUUCCCAUCAUCCUUCUGUUGUUCUCUGUCAGUAUUACUGAAACCAGCUGGGGUAGUAGAAACUGACAAGAGUUCAAUGGUCCCCUUGCGAAUUGAAGGUCUUGCUAAAGAACAUUGGAUAAUUGAGGAUUUCCUGUCUUCUGUAUCAGUUACUCUUUAGGUUGAAUGGUAUUUCAGCCUCCAUUAGCAUAUUUUGGAAUGCAAAAAACAAGUGUUCAGAUGUAGUAUGUGAAUUAUCUUCCCUUAGUUUGAUUUUCAAGUCACAACCAACUAGUGAAGGAAAUUUUGGGGCUCCCAUUUUGACCAGCCUCAUCGCAGGAGCCGUGUCAUAAUAGUCAUUGGUCAGCUCUGCAGUGAAUGUACAUGCCUGGGAACAUUACAUCAGAGCAUGGAACGUGCACAUUUAUGGCAUUCCUUAGUGUCAUUUGUGAUGCGGCAGUCUAGCACUAAAGCAAGUAUUUCAGACAGUAAUAUUUCGUAUUGGGAGUUUCCAGGAAACCAGAAAAACAAAGAACAACAUAAUUUUGGUGGUGUUUUGUUUUGUUUUGUUUUUUCCCAAAAAACCAUACUUCUCUUUAGAAGAAUGAAGACUCAGCCCAUCUAUCUCUGUUUUCCUAUACCUUUUUUUCUAACAGUUCCUGAUUUGUUUAUGGCAGAAAUCAAGGCACUCUUAGGGACUGGAAUCUGCCUGCAUAGAUUGCUCUGUUAAUAAAAAGAUAGGAAGGAGAUAAAGGAUCUCUGAAUGGGUUGUGAGUAAAACCUGUGAAAGAAAGAGGAAAAAGUCUCUAGUAACUGUCUUUUCCUGAUUGUCAUUGAACUUAAAUCAGGUAUUAAGCACCUAGAUAUCCUUAUGCUCCUUUCUCUUCCAAUCCCAGGAUUAGAAAAGAUCCUGUCUUUGGAAAUUUCACUGAUGAAAGUCAUUCCACGUGACAGACUGCAGAGCUGCUAGUACCUUAUCCCUUUCUCCUUUUCAUUAAGGCUGUUACACAUAUACAAUCCACAGGUAGAAACCACUCUUACGGGGCCUCCAUAAGCAGGCAGUAGUAGAAAUAGUUACUGUAAAUCCUUAUAAGCAAAAAAUAAUAUUUUGUUAGGGAUGAUUAUUUAGGAAUGGCUUCACUAUUGUCUCAAAAAGCAGAAUGAUAAAGCAAGCUUCCUUGACAGAAGCAUCACAAAAUUAUAUACAGUAUUUCACUGGUUCCCUCUGAGCUGUCGAGGAAUCAGCUAGAGUAGAGAGGUAAGUGGUCCUGGUUCAAGAAAACCUGAGUAAGUUUUAGAGCAGCACUAACUCUUAGAAGAGGUUAGGUUUGAAAAUUCGGUUGAAUUCUAAAGAUAAAGUUAUCCCUUCUGUUCUGUAGCUGUUUUAAUGUAAACAGCAGCUUCCAAGGUGGCUGGAUCCCUGCCCUGGGUUUGCUCAAAGACUGCUUUUCCUGUCUAGGGCCAUGAUUAAACAGACAUUUUAAUUGCUGUCAAA